AUGGAAGCCCUUGUGAAACAUCAUCCUCUGUGGAAUUCUCUUCCAACCACUUUCCCGCGAUCGCAGACUGCUUCCUCUCUUCGCGACAGCUCUUGCCCUUCCGACGACGUCUCCGACAUUUCCUUGGGUACGAUUAAUACGGCCCUCACGAACAUAUCAACUACGUUGCCCGAUUUCGGGAUACCAAUACCACACACUCCUAAGCAGCAUUUUAAGUUUCAAAACUCGGCCCACAACCUCAGUGGUACAGACUUUGGCUACGAAUCAGACGACUCUAGAGUAGAGGCUGCCGAGCAUGUGGAGUUUAGUGAGCGUGCCUUUCAAUAUCCAGAAGAUGCGCUGCAAGGCGAUGAAAUAUUUGCAUUUGAGGAUUAUUCCUACGACCACUUCGAAAAUGCAACUUCGCCAUAUGAUCCCUGUGACAGCGCUUCUGAAUUCGACGACUUCGAAGACUUUGAUGACAUUGACGAAGCGCUUGACGGGUACGCCAACGAUCUGCAAUUCGAUGAUUCGCAUAUUGCGUUCGAGAAUUUCGUGCGCUUUGACGCCGAUGUCUCCUACAUCGACGCCGUUGAGCUUCCUGAUGAAGAAAUCAACGACGAAAUUGAAGAAGCACCUCAGAUGACACUCCAUGAGAUGAUGCUACUUACGGAUAGACACCGGGGGUUAGCUGCUCAUGACAAUCAAGACACCGACGAGGACUCUGUCAAUGAAGAGACGUCUAUUGCGAAUGUGAUUAUUGAAGAGCUUGCGAAAGAUUAUCCUCGCGACAUGUUAGAAGUUGAUAGACAGCUUUUUAUCGCCUUCGUCAACGGUAUCCAUGGAGACACGAGAAGAAAGUAUCAGUCGUGUCUUCAUGAUCGUGUACAGGGCUUCCGAGAAGGUCGCUUCUUGUCGCCUUUUUUUGAAGGUGAAACAGACUCGGCAGGCUGUUUUCUUCUAGACGAAGCACUCAAGCAUGUUAUUGGCAUGUUCCGUCAUAUUGUCUUGCGCGAGGAAUUUGAUGAGCUGGUUCGCCUCGCCCAGGCUUCGCGAAUGCAAGAAAAAAUGCCUACAUCGUUGCAGAUGCAGCCGUCCACUUUCCUAAACAGAGUCGAAGGCCUCUUGUCCGAGCGCUUACUAGACGGUAUUGCUAGCAUCGGCAAGGAUGAACUCAGCUUCUUCGCGGACGGCGUCGUCUACGCGCUGGAACAUCCGAAAAUAUACAUGUACGAUGCUUCAGCUAUUCCAUCACCUAAAGAGGAAUUUGCUAGGAGACUUGAAAAAGAUGAAGCGAUCGAGGAAACGAACCAGCAACUGUCAAUGGUGUAG